ACCACCUGUAUUUUCGAAAGCACGCCGACUGGCUCCCGAAAAGCUGAGGUUGACCAAAAAUGAGUUCGACCGUCAAACACCCCAUGAGCACCUCCUUUGCAUUGGUCCCUAAAAAGGAUAUCAAUGAUUGGCGUUCAACUGGUGAUUAUCGGCAUCUGAAUGCUAAACCCGUUCCCGAUCGUUACCCGUUGCCCCACAUUCACGAUUUGACAGCUACCUUAAAAGGUACAAUUGUCUUUUCGAAAAUCGGCUUGGUUAAAGCUUACAACCAAAUACCUUUGGCUACUGACGAUAUUCCAAAAACCGCUAUCAUCACUCCCUUCGGGCUCUAUGAAUUUUCGCGAAUGCCUUUCGGUCUAAGGAAAGCUGCCGAGAAUUUCCAAAGAUUCAUAGAUGAGGUUUUUCGAGAUCUCAACUUCAUACACGUGUAUGUUGAUGACUGCUUGGUAGCAAGCCCGGACAGAGAAUCCAAUCUCCAGCACCUAUACAUUGUAUUCGAACGCCUGAAAAAGCAUGGCAUCACCGUAAACAUUCAGAAAUUCCAAAUCGGAACCGACUCCUUAGAUUUCCUAGGACACACUAUUGAAGCUCAAGGCAUCCGACCUCUUAGAGGCAAAGUGGCGGUCAUUCUGGAUUAUCCAGAACCGACCACGAUUAAGCAAUUUCUCACACUUAACGGUCUUGUAAGUUUUUAUGGACGGUUCAUACCAAAAUGCGCGUCCCUUAUGAAACCGCUGGCCGACCAACGUCGUGCAAAUGCGAAAUCUAUUAAUCUGGACGACACCGUGAGAAAAGCACUCUCUACAGUUUAGGAACUUGUCGCAAAGGCAACCAUGCUGGCACGUCAGGACACUCCAGCGCCCAUUAGUAUCGCAGUUGACGCAUCCGACUCAGCAAUCGAAGGAACCUUAGAAAAAUGGGUUAAUCACUCUUGGCAACCUUUGGCAUUUUUCUCCAGACGGUUGCUAGGCACUGAUUCGAGGUAUAGCACUUUCGGUAGGGAACUCCUAGCUAUG